AUACUGAGUGCUUGGUUCUUUUUCUAUCACCUUCUAUCUGUUGUCUCUCUCCUCUGUGUCUUUCUGUUUUUCUCUCUCUGGUUCCCACAGUUUCCCUUCCUCUCACAUCCUGUCUGUCUGGGUCUUCCUCUCUGCGUGUCUCUUGCUCAGUCUCUGUCUCUUUUUCUUGACCCUUCUCUGACUCUUGAUCUUUCAUAGCUGUCUCUUAUCUCUGGGUCUCUCAGGCUGUGCCUCUAUGACCUGUGCCUCUGCCCUGAUUUAAUGUGCUUCUCUCCCUGUCUCUCUUGGUCCCUGGGGCUCUUUCUCUCCUGCUGUCUCUCGCGAUCUGUGUCUUACUCAGUGUCUGUUUUUCUUUCGUGACUUCUCCCUCUCUUUCUGACUGUGGGCCCCACUCAAUCUCAGUUUCUCUCACACGUACUUUCUCUCUGGGGCACCCAGGCCUUCCCUACCAUGCGACCUGUCAGUGUCUGGCAGUGGAGCCCCUGGGGGCUGCUCCUGUGCCUGCUGUGCAGCUCGUGCUUGGGGUCUCCGUCCCCUUCCACGGACCCUGAGAAGAGGGCCGGGAGCCAGGGGCUGCGGUUCCGGCUGGCUGGCUUCCCCAGGAAGCCCUACGAGGGCCGCGUGGAGAUACAGCGAGCUGGUGAAUGGGGCACCAUCUGCGAUGAUGACUUCACGCUGCAGGCUGCCCAUGUCCUCUGCCGGGAGCUGGGCUUCACAGAGGCCACAGGCUGGACCCACAGUGCCAAAUAUGGCCCUGGAACCGGCCGCAUCUGGCUGGACAACCUGAGCUGCAGUGGGACCGAGCAGAGUGUGACUGAAUGUGCCUCCCGGGGCUGGGGGAACAGUGACUGUACGCACGAUGAGGAUGCUGGAGUCAUCUGCAAGGACCAGCGCCUCCCUGGCUUCUCAGACUCCAAUGUCAUUGAGGUAGAGCAUCACCUGCAAGUGGAGGAGGUGCGAAUUCGACCCGCCGUUGGGUGGGGCAGACGACCCCUGCCCGUGACGGAGGGGCUGGUGGAAGUCAGGCUUCCUGACGGCUGGUCGCAAGUGUGCGACAAAGGCUGGAGCGCCCACAACAGCCACGUGGUCUGCGGGAUGCUGGGCUUCCCCAGCGAAAAGAGGGUCAACGCGGCCUUCUACAGGCUGCUGGCCCAGCGGCAGCAACACUCCUUUGGUCUGCAUGGGGUGGCGUGCGUGGGCACGGAGGCCCACCUCUCCCUCUGUUCCCUGGAGUUCUAUCGUGCCAAUGACACCGCCAGGUGCCCUGGGGGGGGCCCUGCGGUGGUGAGCUGUGUGCCAGGCCCUCUCUACGCAGCAUCCAGUGGCCAGAAGAAGCAACAACAGUCGAAGCCUCAGGGGGAGGCCCGUGUCCGUCUAAAGGGCGGCGCCCACCCUGGAGAGGGCCGGGUAGAAGUCCUGAAGGCCAGCACAUGGGGCACAGUCUGUGACCGCAAGUGGGACCUGCAUGCAGCCAGCGUGGUGUGUCGGGAGCUGGGCUUCGGGAGUGCUCGAGAAGCUCUGAGUGGCGCUCGCAUGGGGCAGGGCAUGGGUGCUAUCCACCUGAGUGAAGUUCGCUGCUCUGGACAGGAGCUCUCCCUCUGGAAGUGCCCCCACAAGAACAUCACAGCUGAGGAUUGUUCGCAUAGCCAGGAUGCCGGGGUCCGGUGCAACCUACCUUAUACUGGGGCGGAGACCAGGGAGACCUGGUACUGGGACUCUGGGAAUAUAACAGAGGUGGUGAUGAGUGGAGUGCGCUGCACGGGGACUGAGCUGUCCCUGGAUCAGUGUGCCCAUCAUGGCACCCACACUACCUGCAAGAGGACAGGGACCCGCUUCACUGCUGGAGUCAUCUGUUCUGAGACUGCAUCGGAUCUGCUGCUGCACUCAGCAUUGGUGCAGGAAACCGCCUAUAUCGAAGACCGGCCCCUGCAUAUGUUGUACUGUGCUGCGGAAGAGAACUGCCUGGCCAGCUCAGCCCGCUCAGCCAACUGGCCCUAUGGUCACCGGCGUCUACUCCGAUUCUCCUCCCAGAUCCACAACCUGGGACGAGCUGACUUCAGGCCCAAGGCUGGGCGCCACUCCUGGGUGUGGCACGAGUGCCAUGGGCAUUACCACAGCAUGGACAUCUUCACUCACUAUGAUAUCCUCACCCCCAAUGGCACCAAGGUAGCUGAGGGCCACAAAGCUAGUUUCUGUCUCGAAGACACUGAGUGUCAGGAGGAUGUCUCCAAGAGAUAUGAGUGUGCCAACUUUGGAGAGCAAGGCAUCACCGUGGGUUGCUGGGAUCUCUACCGGCAUGACAUUGACUGUCAGUGGAUUGAUAUCACAGACGUGAAGCCAGGAAACUACAUUCUCCAGGUUGUCAUCAACCCAAAUUUUGAAGUAGCAGAGAGUGACUUUACCAACAAUGCAAUGAAAUGUAACUGCAAAUAUGAUGGACAUCGAAUCUGGGUGCACAACUGCCACAUUGGUGAUGCCUUCAGUGAAGAGGCCAACAGGAGGUUUGAACGCUACCCUGGCCAGACCAGCAACCAGAUUAUCUAAGUGCCAUCGCCCUCUGCAAACCACCACUGGCCCCUAAUGGCAGGGGUCUGAGGCUGCCAUUACCUCAGGAGCUUACCAAGAAACCCAUGUCAGCAACCGCACUCAUCAGACCAUGUACUAUGGAUGUGGAACUGUCAAGCAGAAGUUCUCACCCUCCUUCAGAGGCCAGCUGUCAGUACCUGUAGCCAAGCAUGGGAAUCUUUUCUCCCAGGCCCAGCACCGAGCAGAACAGAGCAGAGCCCACCACACCACAAAGAGCAGCACCUGACUAACUGCCCACAACAAAAGAUGGCAGCAGCUCAUUUUCUUUAAUAGGAGGUCAGGAUGGUCAGCUCCAGUAUCUCCCCUAACCUUAGGGGGAUACAGCUUUACCUCUAGCCUUUUGGUGGGGGAAAAGAUCCAGCCCUCCCACCUCAUUUUUGACUAUAAUAUGUUGCUAGGUAUAAUUUUAUUUUAUAUAAAAAGUGUUUCUGUGA